AUGGGUUUGCGCGACAACAAGGAGCAUAUGCUUCUGGCACUCACCUUGGCGGGUGUGGUAAUUGGUUGUGCGAUUGGGUUUUUGAGCCGACUGGCCCAUCCGUCGGACCAGACGAUCGAAUACAUUGGAUUUCCGGGCGUUGUCCUUAUGAAUAUGUUGAAAAUGACGAUUUUGCCGUUGGUUGCGGCCAGCUUAAUCUCUGGUGAGUUUCGUUGCAAAAAACGUUGAUGUCCUCAUGUCCUUCUUUAAAUUUAACGUUUCUAGGGUUGUCCCAACUUGAUGCCAAGCAAUCCGGUCGGAUCGGGGGCUUUGCAUUCUGCUACUACGGCAUGACGACAACUCUAGCAGUUGCCACUGGCAUUGCGCUGGUUCUGAUCAUUCACCCGGGCGACCCAACCAUCAGAUCCGGCAACUUGACACCAAAGCCCAUCGAGCACACCAACGUGACGGCGCUCGACAAGAUCUUGGAUCUGAUCAGGAAUAUGUUCCCGGACAACAUUGUCCAGUCGUCUUUCAAUACGAUAGACACUCAUCACGAAUACUUUACCGACCACAACGGAAAUGACCGGCAAAAACUUGUGGUGGAGUAUCACAUGGGAAUGAAUGUUCUUGGCAUCAUUGUGUUCUGCAUUGCGACCGGUCUGAUCAUCAGUUUUGUUGGAGAGAAAGCCAAGCCUCUGGCCGACUUCUUCGUAGCAUUGGAUAUUGUCAUCACAACCAUGGUUGGCCUUAUUAUGUGGUAAGUUUUGGAAAACCUGUUUCAGUAAAUGAAUUGGGAAUCAAGUCUAAUUGAUAUUUCAGGUACUCUCCGGUCGGGAUUGCUUCACUGAUCGCCGAAAAGAUCCUUGAAAUUGAUGACAUUUUUAAAACCGUCAAAACCUUGGCUAUGUACAUGAUCACGGUGAUUGCGGGUUUGGCGAUUCAUUUGUUUGUCACCAUUCCUACAAUUUACUUCUUGGCAUCAAGGAAGAAUCCGUUCGUUUAUAUGAGAGGUCUAGGACAAGCCAUGGCCACGGCUUUGGGAACGGGGUCAAGGUAAUUUCAUAAUGUUUUUCCUGCGAUUCGUAGUGACGACGUUAUUAUAGCUGAAAGUUUUUAGUGCUGCCUCUCUGCCGGCAACGUUUAGAUGUUUGGAGCAGAAUAACAAAUGCGAGCCCAGGUUUACCAAGUUCGUUUUGCCCGUUGGAGCCAUGAUUAAUAUGGUAACAAAUUACCUUUUAACAAACUAACUGAGGCUCCUUUUCCUUACUGUUUUUCAAUUUCAGGAUGGAACAGCUCUUUAUGAAGCCGUCGCUUCAAUCUUCAUCGCUCAAUUGAAUGACAUCUCGCUGAGCAUUGGCCAAGUCUUAACGGUUUCUCUCACCGCCACGUUGGCCUCAAUUGGAGCGGCGUCGAUUCCGAGCGCCGGCUUGGUGACAAUGCUUAUUGUGCUGACCGCUGUUGGCCUUCCAGUCGAGGACAUUUCGUUGAUCUUUGCGGUUGAUUGGUUUUUGUAAGUUACCCUGCUUUGUCGAAGAAUAAUGGGCCGUUAUACAGGAGAAGAGUAUGAACCGAAUAAUCUGUUGUGUUUUAGAGACAGACUGCGAACUUGUGUCAACGUCACAGGAGAUGGAUUUGGCGUGGGCUUUGUGCAGGCGAUGUGCACGCGCGGCGAAGUCGCACCGACUCUAGAGGCAACACCAACUCAGGUGACUUUCCUCGCUUCCAAUGUGAGCCUCCCUUCCACUUCCGCUUAUCUUUAGUUCGUUGAGUCCGGGUUUCUUGAAUAUUAUGUUGAGUUAUCAAUUGUUUACGCACGUAUUUGUAAAAAACCAGAUUUUUCGAAAAACUAUUUCUUCCACUGUAGAAAUUGUUUUCUUAUCGUUAGUCCCGCAGCGAAAACAACCUCGUUUGCGCGCAUUUAAAAAGAAAGUCGGACUUUAACGUUGUGGCCAAUCCAAUUGCUAAUAGGAACCUAAUUUGCCCUAAAAGUUGCUUGCUUAAAUUGCCUAUUAAUUUUUACGAGUUGUCCAAAUAUCUUCAUGGUUUCAGAUGUCGGAAGCCAAGUUCUUCAAUUCACUGGAUCAUGUGGAUAGAACCAAGUUUGAAGAGAGCACCUCCAGUGCGGCAUCGUCCACCGAUUCCAACGUUAGGAUAGAGAUUGAGCCGGUGAAGCAUCGGCUCUGA